AUACAUGCAAAUAAUAAUAAAGAUCUGAUUUCCGAAAUAUAUUAUUAUAUGGAGAUAGAAAAUUUAAUAACACAUACAGGUUGAACUAGUCUACGACUCUAGAUCUAUCUAUAGAGUCUAGAUCUAGAUCAUUUUUUCUACACAAAAAUGCCACAUUUUGAAGGCCUUCUAGGGGAUGAACCCAGGAUAAUUAUUCUUGAUAUUGGAAGUGCUUAUACAAAGUGUGGCUUGGCUGGGGACACUGGACCUCGUUGUAUUAUACCAAGUGAGACCAAAAAUCCAAGGAACCAACAGACCUCCAAAAUCUGGGAUUACAGCAGUACAGAUGAACUGUACGAGCACUUGAAAGAGCUUCUGUACACUUUAAUCAGUAGAUAUCUACUUGUGACCCCUAAAGAUAGAAGAGUCGUUGUCAUUGAAUCACUUCUUUGUCCCACAGACUUCAGGGACACAUUAGCUCGGGUUCUGUUUAAACAUUUUGAGGUGGCAUCCAUUUUAUUUGCCCCUAGCCACCUAUUGUCUCUCAUGACUCUUGGAACAAAGACUGGCCUCGUACUGGAUGUUGGCUAUCAGGAGAGUUUUGUGGUUCCUGUCUAUGAAGGGAUUCCUAUUUUGAAAGGUUGGAGAACCAUUCCAUUAGCAAGUAAAGCUAUACAUAGUCGCAUCAAAUCUCAGUUGUUAGAACAUGGCACAGUGAGCACCCCUGAACAAAAACAUCAGCCUGUUGCCAGUAUGCCAGAUAUUUUAACAGAUGAACUACUUGAGGAUAUUAAAGUAUGCUGCUGUUUUGUGACUGAAUACUCACGAGGGCAGCAAAUUCAGGAAGUCACCAUGCGAGGGGGACAUGCUAACAAGUUGCCACCACCUCCUCCUGACACAGACUAUCAGAUAGAUGGCGGUAGUGUGCUCAAUAUUAGUGGAAGAAUAAGGGAACAUACUUGUGAGGUUUUGUUUGAACAAGACAAUGAUGAGACAUCCAUCGCUACACUUCUCAUGGAUGCUAUUGUUGCAUGUCCCAUUGAUACAAGAAAAGACUUGGCCAGCAAUAUUUUAGUCACUGGUGGUACCUCUAUGAUGCCUGGUUUUUACCAUCGGCUACAGCUGGAGUUAAGCCACUUGUUGAAGAAACCAUGUUACGCUCAGCAAUUGGGAAUUAAAAGGUUUUUGUUUCACAAGGCACCUGCCAAAGAAAAUUACACUGCUUGGUUAGGAGGAGCUCUGCUGGGUGCCCUGGAAACAUUGCCUUCCAAAUCCCUCUCUAGAGAUGUCUACCUACAGAAAGGAAAACUACCUGACUGGUGUUGCAUAGACUCUGAUUUCCUUCUGGAAGACAAAAAUAGUAAAUCUUAGGUGUAACUAUUCACAGGUAUACUGGUCAUUAAUUAUAGCAUUGACUUGGGCAUAAGUUAUAAUUAGUUAAGCUCAGACUGAAGUUGUAACAAUGUUCCAUAUAAUUUCUCCUCAUGAGGUUUUCUUUCUUGCUAUUGUAUGUUUUAGUAAUUGUGCAGAAAACAUGUGUAUUUCUUCAUACUAUUUAUUUCUAUUUUUUUUUAUUGAUCAUUAUUAUGUUAAGAAGGCUGUAAUGAAAGGCCUAUUGUUUAUCAGUAACACAUUCUUAGAAUGUUUGUCUCUAGGCCUUCACAAAUUUUGACCUGAACAAUGAAUGGUAGCUCUUGUUAAACCAAUAUUGUAUGAUGAAUAUGUUUCGUAUCAUGAUUGCACAUGUCUACAUAUCUUAUCAGUGGAUUCAAGACUUUCUGAAGAAUGGAACAGUACAAGAUGUAUGAUUUGACCCAUUUGGAGAUGUGUAACUUUCACUGCCUUUUGCUAGCAACAAAACUUUUGGAAGAUUCAAAUUGUGGAUUGGGUCUGAGUUGACUUUCCUCACCCUUUUGUUCUUGAUAUCAAGAGUAAAACUGCUUUCAAGACUUAUUUUAAAGUUCAGGCAAAUAAAGUCAACCAUGGACAGAUGUGUCCUCACUUUUAAUUUUAUCGCUUUUGAAAGUUUGGAUCAUUGCACAAUUAUUGCAAUAUUUGUUUGUUUCUUUAGACUGUUUUUGAAAUUUUGUUGCAGUAAUAAUAAAGCUUCUUUCUUCUGUAUGAAAUACCCCUAUAUACUUGGCAAGGUGCAAUAAACCAACAAAUUAGCCUGAAA